CACCACAUCAUCGUCACCAGAGCCCAUCAAUACCAAUAUUUCGAUAUCAACUCCGAAUAGACGCCUAACAAUACCUAUCGAAUCAUGUCGGAGACGACGCAAAGUCCUGAAGAUGCUGCCGCUCAGCGAGCUGCUGAACAAGCGCGUCUUCGGAAGGAACGCCGUGAAGCCAAGCUCAAAGCCGGGGGUUCUGCAAGGUUGAACAAGAUUACUGGUCUUGGAGGUCGUGUCCCAGGAGAACCAGAACCCACCAAUCCGUCUUCCACCAUGGCUGAUGCCUCGACACCAGCACCUGUGCCAGCACCCGCUGCUUCAGCAUCCGGUGUGUCUGCCACCGCCGACCAUGCCGACCCAGAAGAAGUCGAUAUUUCAGAUCACUACUACGAGCCGAAGCGGACUGCAAAUUCGCGAACGAAUGCGCCUGAAAUCACAGAACCCGCCAUCUCAGAGGACCAGCUACGGCAGAUGAUGCUUGGCUUCGAGCGUGGCAAUGGCAGCGGCACCGCUAGCCCUGCACCCGGAGCAGCUGAGGAAGAUCCCAUGAUGAGGAUGAUGUCCCAGCUGAUGGCUGGUGCUGGUCUUCCUGCUGGCUCGAUGCCUCCCUUUCCUGGUGUGCCAGGCAUGGCGCCCGGCCAAGGACCCCCAGUACCGCCUACAGCCGUCCGCAAUAGCGCCUCCACAAACCUCUGGCGUCUUCUCCAUGCCCUUGUAGCUCUCAGCUUGGGCUUCUACAUCGUCAUACUUACCCCCUUCACUGGCAGCAAGAUCGAGCGUGAGCGUGCCGCCCUUGCAGGCACAACACCCGCCGAUCCGCUUACUGCAGCUGCUGAGCCUGAGCUUGAGACGGAACUGGAGCACCGCAAGAAGCUGUUCUUUUGGACAUUCGCCACAGCUGAGUCGCUGCUACUCACAACUCGCUUCUUUCUGGAUAGGAGAGGCAGCCCCCCUUCUGGCAUUGUGGGUACUGUGGUGCAAUUUUUACCCCAGCCUGCCAAGGGAUAUGUUGAGGUCGUGAUGCGUUAUGGCCAGAUAUUUACCACGGUGAGGAGUGAUAUACUAGCCUGUAUUUUCGUGUUGGGGGCUGUUGCUUGGUUCAAGGGAUAAAUAGCUUAGUAGCAUAGAUACAUUGCAGUUGAAUUAUCAUAUCACAUUGCAGACAUGGCCUUGACCAGAUAUCGUCUUCUUUGCUUAAUGAUUAUACAUUAGAAUUCAAGUACUAUUCUAUGCAACGUUGCUCUAUCGUACAUAAUGGUUGCGUCGAGAAAGGAAGGAUGGGAAUGACUAGACUGAAACAGAGGUCCCAAAGUUUUCCAAAGACACCCCUCACUCGAUCGGGGUUCUCUGCCACGCACGUAAAGACGACGGCAGUACUGGCGGCGAACACAAGUCUCUCUCGCCACUCUUUGUCCAAAGAAUACCGUCGAGGUAGAACAGUGGCCAAGGCACGAGGGGCAACAAAGAGCGCAAUAUCCUUUCGGCGGCUCUCUGUUUCAAUCAUGAUACUCCAGCCACAAAGCAAGCAACCCGUGCCAACGCAGAUCCCACUAUCCAUGCUCUGACGACGCUCAAUGGUUGUGCCGCCAGGAAGACGAGGUCCGACGCGUGUGCGGCUCAAACAGACUCCAUAGUAGAAGAGGGUGAUAAAGGUGGCGAGGAAACUAGAGGAACGGCAAGACGAGAUUAUGGCUCGACGCAGAGCUUUGCGAGAGGGGUUUCGAAGAGCGAGAGCCAGUGUCAGGGGCAAGUACGUAGCCAUCGACCACUUCCAGGCACGAAAGAAGCGGCUUGCAGCAUGGUACUCGCAUGAAGGCCCGCUGGACAUAUGCACCAUCUGGCAAGGUAUGGGAACAACUACCGCAGGAUCUCCCCAGGCAAGUGGCCACUCGUAGUCCACACACAUGCCCUGAAGGAGAUGUGCCUGACCGGUCUCCUUGCCGUACUGAAACUCGCCUGAAUGGCACCGCCGAAGGGCUUCGAUGAGCCUUAAGUCCACGGAAGCUGCCGAAGUGAUCCAUUUGUUGUAGCUGCGGGGCAAACGGCUGGGAUGAUAGAACCAAGCCCACAUAACAAGGCCCGAUGAAGCUGCAAAGACAAGGGGAUCAACAAACUUGGAGAGAAAUCGUUCAGCCUUAGGAAGGUGUCAGCAACUAUGGAUAUCUGGUAAUCAUAAUCAGGUGAUUUUCAUGGUCUAAUUACCUUGGACCACCUGUUGGAGGCCAGACGACGGGCCUUGUGCCUCGCCCACAGAUCACCAACAAGGACAUCGAGGGCUCGAGUGACCGCAAACAGGGUUAGAUCCAUUGUCCGACCAGCAAAUUUGACUGUUUGAGGCUCGGUACUAUGGGCCGAGCCCUCUUUCGGUGGCACAGUUUCGGUAUACGCUCGGCCCUCAUAGGAGUGCAGCAGCCGCAGGCCAAACCAGGCAGCAAGGAAUGUUGACAACCAUCUUGCAAGUCUGGGACGAUUGUUUAGCAAAGAACAUCAUGAUUCAUUAGAGUGAAACUGAAGGCCUACCUCAAACGACCUGCCUCGCUGAGCCCCCUUGCAGUUUUCUCUAGAAUGCUUUUCAAAGGUUCCUUUCGGCGUAUUAGCUAACGGCAUACCAAAGUACCAUUAACGUUCCGGUGAGUUCUGACAGCCAACAAGGACAAGGCGACCAGUGUCAGAAAAACGUAGGCGAAUUUCUGAGACUGGACAGACUCCAUCAUGGUUAGGAUAAGUUAACUUGCCUUCAAUAGAGUAGUGCCACCAGCAAGUAUGGCACAAAACGUGGGAAACCGCUGCGGAUUGAAGCCUGUCCUAACUAUGUGUGCUGCAGAGCUGACGAAUGAGGUAUCGUCAAGGUCCGGGGCAAGUUGGUUGGCUAGUUUCCUCUUUCUCUUCGCAACAUGCUGUAACACUAACGUCAACAGCCGGGGAGCCACGGCAGAUGCAUAGCCCAAGAGAUAGGCGCGAAUCAAAGGGCGUAGGAUCUCGGGAAUAGGAUCGAGCCUCAGGGGCCUUUUACGGGCAGGGCGCAUAUCAACUGCAGGCAUAGCCAUGCUGCUCCAGCAUAAGAGAUGUCCAACAAUGUCCCGAAGCAGGGCUACGGCACCUGCUACCGGUGGCACUCAGAAGGUGGGUAUCUGACAAGAAGGAUGAUCGCGGGGAUCUUGACUGUGUACGAGCGGUCAAUAACAGAUCUACCCCUGUAAAGUAUAAUGAAUAGAGAAAAAGGUGGUGUAAAGAUGAUCGAAAAAGGGAGGUCGGCGGUUAGAAGUAGCGGGGGGGAUAUGUCAACAUCAUGCAACGUCUGAGGAAGUAUCACAGAGGGUUGACGACAGGAAAUUGACGGCAAAGGCGGUAAAGAUAUCUAGGCUCUUGGCCAGAUGAAAUAAAUGAACAGUCAGGAGAUUGAUAUGAUAAAAUCUCCCCUUGAAGAUGAUAAAAAUGUGGAGAUAGCAUCGCCGAGCUCUCACUUGGAGCCUCGGCUUGACAGACAAUUCAAGAUGCCGCGUG